CCGUGGUCUUGCGGCCGAGGGUGUCUGUUAUUUUUUGACUGGAUGCUGAUUAAAAACUAAGUUCAAGCAUACCCAUCCUUAUUCACCUGUUUAAGGGUGUAGAAAACCUGACAGAACGGAAGAUGGCAGAUGACGGCGAGGCUAAGAAAGAGGAAGGAGAGAAGAAAGUUGUCCAUACCUAUCCACUUUGUCGGCAAUCGGAUAUGCCUGAAGAGAUGCGCGGAGAAGUGAUGGAACUGUGCGUCACGGCAUGCGAGAAGUAUUCUACCAACAACGAGAGUGCUGCGCGGAUGAUCAAAGAAACCAUGGACAAGAAGUAUGGCCCCGCAUGGCACACCGUGGUGGGCGAGGCGUUCGGGUUUGAGGUCUCCCAUGAGUGCAAAAACCUCCUGUACAUGUUCUUCGGUGGUAAUAUGGGUAUUUGCGUGUGGAAAUGCAGCUGAACCUAGUUUCAUGUGUGACUGUGUGUCAUUCCAUGAGCGUAUGCUGGAGCGCUAUGGGAGCAUAAUGCAUACUUGUCGACAGUGGAUCGUUCUUUCCCGCGGAGAUGGCUCAACAUGGAACAGAGCAUGUUGUAGCGGACUUUUAUCAAAUGACCUCGCCACAUUGUUUUCACGACGCCGUGGUUCUGUGAUAUUGGAUGUUCCUAGUUUACGUUUUGAGCUUUGUUCGUUUUCCAACGCCCAAUGUUUAUAACUUGACGAAGUGCAGCGUGUAUCGUUUCAUCCGUCCACAGCACGAUUGAUGCGAACUGUUCACAAAUAAAG